AUGCCUUUACAAUUUCAGAUAGCCGAGUACGUCAAACAAUGUGAUUUCGCAUUUGGAUAUCACCUAGUUGUAGACUUCUUGAACAUUAACGUUAUAGAUUUGAUAAAUAAACUAAAUAUUGUCGAAUUUAGACAAAGCUUCAAUCUUUAUAUGGAAGCUUAUGGCAUGAGAAUAAUUGCGAUUCAUAUUGUCAGCACUUCAAAGCUUAUAGAUGCCUUCGUUACAAUUUUAAAACAAAUCCUAAAGCCGAAAAUCGUGGAGCGAAUCAAACUUCACAAGUCUUGGGACGAAUUACACGACAUAUUGGGAAAAGAAGUUAUACCCAAUGAUUUUGGCGGUUAUGAAAAAUCUGUAAAGGAUAUACACGAUGAUUGGGUGGAGGAAUUAUCGAACCCCGGAUUCAGACAAUAUCUUCGCGAAAUGAAUUCAGCUUCCACAGACGAGUCUCGGCGACCAUCAAAUAAAUUUAGUGAAGAAUACGCGGGAGUGCCGGGCACUUUUAGAGUAUUGAGUGUUGAUUAA